AUGACGGAGCAGGUGCCUGAAUUCAAGCUAAUUUUGGUGGGCGAUGGGGGCGUAGGCAAGACCACUCUCGUGAAGCGCCACCUCACGGGCGAAUUUGAAAAGAAGUACAUCCCUACCCUAGGCGUGGAAGUGCGGCCUUUGCGUUUCUCAACGAAUUUCGGCCCCAUUGUGUUCAACGUCUGGGACACUGCUGGCCAGGAGAAGUUUGGCGGACUCCGAGAUGGCUACUAUAUCAAGGGCCAGUGCGCCAUUAUGAUGUUCGACGUAACGAGUCGCAUCACCUAUAGAAACAUUCCAAAUUGGCACCGGGAUAUUGUGAGGGUUUGCGAAAACAUACCCAUUGUCCUAGUGGACGUGAAGGACCGACAGGUAAAAGCUCGGGUUAUUCAGUUUCACCGCAAAAAAAACCUACAGUACUACGACAUCAGUGCGCGUUCAAACUAUAAUUUUGAGAAGCCGUUCUUGUGGCUCGCGCGUCGACUGACAAACCAGGCAUCCCUGAUCUUUACUGGGGAACACGCAAAGGCUCCCGAAAUCAUGAUAGACCCUUCCCUGGUGCAGCAAGCGGAGAGGGAGCUGCAGGAGGCUGUGAACACCGCUAUAGAGGACGACGAUGACGACCUGUAA